AUGACACAACCUCCCCAACGCGCACCCGCCAAACGCACCGUCCCCAAGAUCUCCGCCCCCAACCCCCCCGCGGCCCCAUCAGCCAAGCAACCCGCAAAGCCCCAGAAAGAACAGCGAUACCCCUUCGACUCGCACCAAGACGACAUCGUAGUCAACACCACUGAACUCGACACCGCUCCCGGCUACAGGCGUGGUCUAGUGGACUACCGGCAUAAACUCACGCUGAAGAAGACGUAUAACCAUAUCACGACGGACUAUGCGGAGGAUAUGAAGAUGACGAUUCCGAAAGAUGCGGUUACGCCCUUAGGGUCUUCACCGUUUAUUGAUGGGGAUGAGGGUGACGAUGAAGAUGAGGAUGAGGAUGAGAACACCAACACCAACGCCAAAAACCCCAAGUCCAAGCGCGACGAACGUACCUACGUCCCAGAAAUCAGCGACACAAUCACCGACUACACCAAGCUACCCAAACCGCGCUGCAACCGCCCUAACUACGUAGAAUACAUCUACCGCACUACUACCACCAAUCCCGCUGUCUUCCUCGCUAUCCUACGUGUCGCAGAGCGGAAUCUGCCGUUUAUAAAUUUCGACUCGGCGAUUACGCAUCUACCUAAUUUAUUGGCGAAUGCGAGGCUUCCUGGUAUACCGCCGCUCUCAGCUCUGUCGCCUGAUUCAUCUGAAGCGUUGGGCGCGUCCGCAUCGGAAAACCAGCCGGGGAAAAAGAAAGCCAACCAGCCCGCUUUCACAGAAGACACACCCCACUCGAAGAAAGACGCAGACACGGCAAUGACAAUCCUUUUCUUGCCGAACCUAUACGAAGACGGGCGCCACGCACUCGGGUACUACGCCCUCGCCCCGGAAGCAGAUCCAGACACUAAACAACUCAACCCGGAAGACGUCGUUCAGAUCCUCUUCACGCCCUGCGGGAUAGCUGAUUUAGUAGAAGCGAAGUUGUUGGAAUGGACGCCUAUUGAUCCUGAUCUUAAGGCACGGGCUGAUGAGAAGAAGAGCGCUGACAAGAAGGGCGAUGGGGUGGGAGGUGGGGAUGGGGAGGGGGCUGGGGAUGGGAAGGAAGGGGAUACUGGAGAUGUUGGGGAGGAAGAAGAAGAGUUGACUGUCGAGUACAUAGAACAUGUGGCUGCGAGGGGAGGGGAGUGGUUAGAGAGGGAUGUAGUGGGGGAUUGGGAGGAGUGGUGUAGGAGUUUUAGGGUUGCGAGGAGGGUUUGGGAGAAGGUGCUUAAGGGGGUUGUGGAGGUUAGGGAGGUGGAGGAUGUGAAGGAGGAGGCUGAGGGAUGA